CUGGUGAUUUUAGAUAAUGUCGCUUCGAUCGUAGAGCAAAAUGGCAAAAACGUGCUUUUGAUUGGAUCCAAUCGUUUCAUGAAGCAUUACACCGGUCGCGGCGACCGGACUCGCUGGCGUUGCUGCAAGUCCUUCAAUAAAUGCCGAGCCAUCGCCAUCACGUACCAGGAUCGCAUAAUUAAGCUCAACAACAGUCAUAACCACUGA